AUGGAGGCGGCCCAGGAGGCCCUGGCACCCUUCAUAAAAUCACGAGAUGAAGCCGCACACAUUCGCAAGGUACUAGGGGCGCAUCUCAACGCCAGUCUCGACGGUGCAGCCAGCGAGCGGGUUCCACUGGCGCUUGUUGACCUGCCCGCCGCUGUCAAAAUACCCCCUGAAAGCCGUGGUCUCCAGAGGGAAUACCUGGAAGCACUCAACGCCAACGUCAAGGCGCGGCAGGAGUUGGAGGCUCUCAAAGCUCGACAUGAUAGCAAGUCCACAAUUGCCCCAGCCCCUGCCCCCGACGGGGUGGCGGUCGGCUUUCUUGCAGACCAUCUCGUCGCUCUUGAACUACAGAGGAAACGGCAACGUCUGGAAGCCGUCACCAAACGCCUUGCUCAAUUGGAUCAGAUGCCGGCUGCAUCGUCCGAGUUUCUGAACCCCGAGGUUAUAUUCGAGGGUUCACCGGCCCUCCCAGACGUUCCCAGCGAGGCCGUGACCAACUUUGUUCUAGACAAGACUCUCUCCAAGUCGAGCCUUGACGAGCUUCUAGACCGAUUGCAGAAAUCAGUCCUGCGCGCCAAGCUUCUCCUCAAAAAGGAGGAACAGCUACUUGAUGUUGUCAAGAAAAGAAGGACGGCCAAAUCGUCGGGUGAUACCCCGAUAACCGACAACGCAAAACUGGCUGCAUUGACUCUUACGCGAAACGAGUUGAUUGCGUGGAUAGAAGCAGAACUUGGCCACACUUCCGGGACUGAAGGUGAUAUUCCCGUGCAGCCGCAGAAUUCUGCACAACAGGUUGCCGAGAACAGACGGCGUGUGGAGGAGCAAGUUUCUGUUAUCAAAGAAAAAUAUCGCGAAUACGUCACGGCGCGCAAGUCAUUGUUGAAGGCCGCUUCAUCGACCCGUCAACCAGUGAUGGAACCGCCCAAACCUGGCACCGCAAAUACUAAUUCAACGAUGAAACUUGGCCCGCCUAGACCGGCUGCAGCGACAAGUCUACUUACGCCGUACCUCGAAAAUCUUCUAGCAGUGUCUCACGAGCAAAAGGGGCUUAUAUUACAGAAAUCUCAUUUAAACACAAUCUUGGCCAAGCAAACAAAGGAGACCUGCCAGAUCCUCGACCACUUGGCCGAGGAGAGUCAACUUCUGCCCAAGUACCCCAUGACAGGCCAAGCUCGCCGCCAACAGGGUCUGAUGGGCGACGGGGCUCUUUCUGGGUUCGAAAAACCCAACGUCUCCAGUCGUGCCAAGACCUGGGUCUUUGCGGCAGAGGCGGCCAAACUGGCGACGCUCGAGACGGUCGUAGAAAAGACGGAAGAGGGAGAAAUCGCACUGGGUGCCUCAAUGCAACACUUGGACGAGGUGGAUCGACUUUUGGGACGCCAGCAAGCUGCUGAUGGGGAUGAGGAGGCAGGUGGUGAUUCGGACCUCUGGCUUCAGCAGGGGAAAACGAGCCCACGACAAGCUAGGACGAGAGACCACCAACAGGUGGAUCUAUGGUCAAUGCUGGAUGGCGACCUCGGUCUUAUUGGGGACGAGGCUGCUGGUUGA